GGGUUCGGUUACACUGUUUUUCAAACAAAGUCCACUCAAGAUUGUGAGAGGAAAGGGACAGUAUAUGUACGACGAAGAGGGCAACGAAUACUUGGACUGUAUCAACAAUGUGGCACAUGUGGGCCAUUGCCACCCGCAUGUCGUCAAAGCGGGUGCCGAUCAGAUGUCACUCAUAUCGACCAAUAGUCGCUUCCUUCACGACAAUCUCGUUUUGUAUGCCAAACGAUUGACCGCUUAUUUCCCGAAAGAGCUCUCUGUUUGUUAUUUCGUUAAUUCCGGAUCGGAAGCAAACGAUUUGGCCAUUCGUUUGGCGAGAGCUCACACUAACCAUAAAGAUAUAAUCUCACUCGACGGUGCAUAUCACGGACAUCUCACCACAAUUGUUGACAUAUCGUCGUAUAAAUUUACAAAGAUUAAGGGCUCCAAACAGAAACCAUGGGUUCAUAUUGUGCCGUUACCCUGUUCGUAUAGAGGCAAAUACACGACAGACAAACACCCGGAGACCCACAUCGGAGCCCUCUAUGCUAAAGAGGUGCAGAAUCUUAUAAACAAUGCCCACAAUUCUGGCCGAAAUAUCGCCGCCUUUAUCGCCGAAUCAAUGAUCAGUUGCGGCGGACAAGUAGUACUGCCCCACCAUUUCCUCAAGACUGCA